CUAACUAUGACGUAUAUUGUUUUGUGUGUGUGUGUGUGUGUGUGUGUGUGUGUUUCAUGCAGGGCUCCAUGGGAGUUGUCUGGAGCCCAUGGACAACCAUCUUCGUUAAGAAUGUGAGGGACAAAGGCCCCGCCCACCAGGCCGGCUUGUGUACAGGAGACAGACUGGUUAAAGUGAAUGGAGAGAGUGUGCUGGGGAAGACAUACUCACAGGUCAUUGCACUGAUUCAGCACAGUGAGAGUGUACUGGAGCUCUCCAUCAUGCCAAAGGACGAGGACGUGCUGCAGCUGGUAAGUGUACGUUUGAGCAUUUUUGACACACCUUUUCUGUCUUACACACCCACUCAUACCUACACAUUUACCUGCACAGAAUAG